ACUCGGGCGGUCCUAGUGGUCACCGGUCGCAUUUCUUCGAGGUUUUUACGACCCUGGGAUCCAUUUCUCACAGUGGAUUGCGGUCGUGACUAUUCUAGCUUGGACUACAUUUCACUCAGGCGAUGGUGCAAACUGGAACCUCUUGCUCCGUUUCCGGCAUCUCUGGUUGCGCGCUGCGCGUGCCCUGAUGCCACCUGAGGAAUACGCCGGCGUGGGUCGCUGCGGGAAAGACACCGCAGCCCGCGCGGGGCCCUUGAUGGCGGGAUCCAUAACUUUCGGGUAUGUGGUCAUAAACUUCUCUCGUCAUGAGUGGGAAUAUCUAGACCUGGUCCAGAAGACCUUGUACCGGGAUGUGAUAAUGGAGAACUAUGGUAACUUUGUUUCACUGGGACAUUCUAUGUCUAAGCCAGACAUAAUUACCUUAUUGGAGCAAGGAAAAGAGCCCUGGAUGGUUGUGACAGAAGAAUCAAGAAGAGAGUGUACAGAUUUGGAUUCAAGGUGUGAAAUAAUCAGUGUUGGAAAAAUGAACAUUUAUAGGAAACACUCAUCUGUUACUCUACAGCAGAGAAUUCAUAAAGGAGAGAAAUCAUACGAAUGUAAGGAAUGUCAAAAGGUUUUUUGUCAUCUUACAGAAUUUACUGUACACCAGAGAAUUCAUACUAGUGAGAAACCUGAUCAAUGUGAAGAGUUUGAGAAGGCAUUGAGCCAUCUUACAGACUUUAGAGAACAUGAGAAAAUUCAUACUCUUGAGAAACCUUAUGAAAGUAAAGAAGGUGGGAAGGCCUUUAGUCAUCCUGCAAACCUUGCUAAACAUGGAAAAGUUCAUGCUAAGAAACUAUGCAAAGAGUGUGGGCAAGCUUUUAGGAGUAGCCAUCAACUUACUGUGCAUAAUAGAUUUCAUACUGGUGAGAAACCGUAGGAAUGUAAGGAAUGUGGGAAGGCCUUUAGUGUGUCUGGACGACUUAGGCGACAUCAGAGUAUUCACACUGGUGAGAAACCCUUUGAAUGUAACAAACGUGGGAAGUCCUUUAGGCUCAAAUCAGGCCUUAAAUCACAUCAGAGUAUUCCUACUGGAGAGAAGCCCUAUGAAUGUAAGGAACGUGGGAAGGCCUUUAGAUGUAGGUAUCAACUUACCAUACAUCAGAGAAUUUAUACUAGGGAGAAACCUCAUGAAUGUAAAGAGUAUGGGGAGGCUUUUAAUAGUAGCCAUCUACUUACUACACAUCAUACAUUAGAUAGUGUUGAAAAACCGUAUAAAUGUAAGGAAUGUGGAAAGGCCUUUAGCGUGUAUGGACGACUUACUCGACAUUAGAGUAUUCAUAAUGGUAAGAAACCCUUUCAAUGUAACAAAUGAGGGAAAUCCUUUAGGCUCAAUUCAUACCUUAAAUUACAUCAGAAUAUUCAUACUGGUGAGAGACCCUAUGAAUGUAAGGAAUGUGGGAAGGCCUUUAGUCAACAGGCACACCUUGCACAUCAUAACAGAAUUCAUACUGGUUACAAACCCUUCGAAUGCAAAGAAUGCGGGAAGUCCUUUCGUAGUGCCUCGUAUCUUGUUAGACAUGAGAGAAUUCAUACUGGGGAGAAACCGUAUAUAUGUCAAGAGUGCGGGAAAGCUUUUAUUUAUAGCCAUAAACUUACUAUACAUCUUCAGGUUCACACUGGUGAGAAACCUUAUGAAUGUAAGGAAUGUGGGAAGGUCUUUAGUGUGUCUGGACAACUUACUCAGCAUCAGCUUAUUCAUAAUGGUAGAAAACCCUUUGAAUGUAACAAAUGUGGGAAGUCCUUCAGGCUCAUUUCAAAACUUAAAGUUCAUCAGAAUACUCACAGUGAUGAGAAACCCUAUGAAUGUAAGGAAUGUGGGAAGGCCUUUCAUCAUGCCACAAGCCUCAUAUAUCAUGACCAAAUUCAUACUGGUAAAAAGUCAUGCGAAUGUAAAGAUUGUGGGGAGACUUUUAGUCAUGCCUUACAGCGAAUUCAUGAAAGAAUUCAUACUGGUGAUAAACCCUAUGAAUGUAAAGAAUGUGGGAAGGCAUUUCAUUGUGCCUUGUAUCUUGUUAGACAUGAGAAGAUCCACACUGGUGAAAAUCCCUAUGUAUGUCAAGAUUGCGGGAAAGCUUUUAGUUACAGCCAUGAACUUACUAUACAUCAUAAAGUUCAUACUGGUGAUAAACCCUUUGAAUGUAAUAAAUGCAGAAGGUCCUUUAGGCUUAGUUCCAUCCUGAAAGUACAUCAGAGAAUUCAUACUGGGUAGAGACAUUGGGGCAUGUCACAUGUACAUAUGUAAAUUAAGUAUACUGCAUCAGUGGAUUUAUACCACUAAGAAACUAUUUGAAUGAAGACAAUAUGGGAAGGCUUUUAGAUACAGUUCAGUUCUUACUAGGAAUCAGUUUGUAGUAGAGGAAAUAAGCCAGGCACAGAAAGACAAAUAUUACAUGAUCUCACUUACCUGUGUAAUCUACAAAAGUCAAACUUACAGAAGUAGAGAGUAGAAUGGUAGUUAGUAGAGGAUUGUGGGGACAGGCGCAUGGGGAAAGGGGGAGAUGUAGAGAUAGAAGGGUACAAAAUUUCAGAUAGGAGGAAUAAGCUUUAGUAUCUAUUAUACCAAGUGGUGAGUAUAAUAAAUAAUAAUGUAUGUUUCAAAAUUACUAAAGGAAUAGAUUAUACAUGUUCUCACACAAAAAAAAUAAGUAUGUGAGAUGACUGAUUUGCUAAUCAGCUUGAUUUACUCAUUCCACGAUGUAAACAUAUAUCAA